CCAGGGGACAGAAACCAGGGGAAAGAGAAUAUCCAGAAGAAUGCCCGCCUACAGGUCCCAGGGUACCAAACUGCACUUUGCAGUGGUAGUGCUGUUGUGUGUGACGGUGUCAUCUGAGGCACUCGGUCUGGGUGAUUUAUUGGAGAGAGUCUCCCAGGUUUCUGACAAGCUGCACUCUCUCAGCACAUCGCUUACCAACGACCUUAACACCCAUAUCCCUCCAAUGGGAAAGAUCAUUAUGCGCCCAUCGAUGUGCCACACAUCUUCCCUCCAAACUCCCAAUGACAAGGAGCAAGCCCUCAAAGUGCCUGAGUCUGAGCUGCUAUCCUUGAUUCGUUCACUGCUGGUUGCGUGGUCAGAUCCUCUAUCCAUGCUGUUGAAAGAGGCUCCUAGUCUUGUCCACCCUGACAAAAGCCUGAUCUACAGCAAGACCAAAGAACUUCAAGACCAUUCAAACACUUUGGGUGAUGGCUUGGAUCGUCUGGUCCACAAGAUGGGCCCCACUUCCCAGCUCAUCUCCUCUCUCCCCUUUACCAACGAUAUUGGGAACGACAAGAACAUGCGCUUGUCCAACUUCCACUUCCUGCUGUCCUGUUUUCGCAGAGACUCCCACAAAAUUGACAGCUUCCUCAAGGUCCUCCGCUGCCGGGCAGCCAAGCUGCGUCCAGAGAUGUGUUAAGAGGAGCUGACGCCAUUCUGGCUCUGCGUCUCUCCAGGCCAAUCAGGAGAGCUGCUGAGCUACAAUGGCAGAAUAGCAGUCUGAACUGGAAUGUCCAUCACGUUGUCACCUGACCAGUUAAAAGUGACAGUAGUAUGUAGUUUGUCAUCACACUUGUCACACAUCACUUUCAUUGUUUAACAUGCAAAGUUUCUGUUACACAGGCGUCCAGCAGAGUGAGGAAGAGAUGUUUUUUGACGCCACAUAUAUAUGCUAUGGCAGCUGAGCAGCAUUCCAGAUCAGACUGUUUUAUGUCCUGUAGGGCUUAAAUGACAUGCACUUUAGAUAACUCCACUUAGUUCUGUAGGCUUCUGUGCAGGUUUACACACAUUCACACAUUCUUUGCAAGUUUAU